AUGGGUGGAGACGCUCCAUCGCGAGCUCCAAGCUCCCUUCCCCGGGUGCCUGAACGUCCCGUCGGUCAACGCAUCAAGAGCAUCUACACCGACCGUUUGAAGCAAUUUACCGCCACCGGUCAAUAUGAGGGCCAGAAUCUUGUCUCCAGGUACUUUGAAGCCAUCAAUUCCGACGAAAACCACGUCAAACUCUCCGUCUACUCAGUCCCCGAUCUGCAACGGCCCAGCUUCAAAGAAGCAACCUCCCAUGACUUCAAACCCACCCAUAUCGGGGCCGAGUUCGGCCCGAGCUGGUCCACGCAUUGGUUCCGCAUCCGCCUCACUGUCCCACAGGACAUGCUGCAGAAGGAGCGGCUGGAGUUCCACUGGGAUGCUAACAAUGAGGGUCUGAUUUGGACAGAGAAUGGGCAUCCGCUUCAGGGCUUGACGGGCGGCGGCGAGCGUGUCGAGUGGAUCAUCCCCGAUGCCUGGCGUGAUGGGAAGGAGCAUACUUUCUACAUUGAGAUGGCGUGUAAUGGGAUGUUUGGGAAUGCGCCGGGGGGUGAUUCCAUUCAGCCGCCGUCGCCGGACAAGUACUUUACUUUGCAGACAGCGCGGAUCACGGCUGUCAAUCUUGAGGCGCGGGCGUUGUUUUAUGACUUUUGGAUUAUUGGUGAUGCGGCUAGGGAAUUCCCGGCAGACUCAUGGGAGUCGCAUGAGGCGAAUAUGGUGGGUAAUGCCAUCAUUGAUGCUUUCAUUGCCGGUAAUGGGAGUCAAGAGUCGAUCAAGGAAGGUCGCAAGAUUGCCAGGAAGUAUCUAGGAUCCAAUGUCGACUCUGCCAAGGUCUAUGACUCUGAUACCAAAGCUAUUGUGUAUGCCAUUGGGCACUGUCACAUUGAUACCUGCUGGUUGUGGCCGUGGGCAGAGACGAAGCGCAAGGUUGCCCGGUCAUGGUCAAACCAGUGUGAUUUGAUGGACCGGUAUCCGGAGCACCGAUUUACGUGCUCUCAAGCGCAACAGUUCAAGUGGCUAGAACAAUACUACCCCUCUGUCUUUGACCGUGUGAAAUCAUGGGUGAAGAAAGGCCAUUUCCAGCCUGUCGGUGGCAGCUGGGUCGAGCAUGACACCAACAUGCCUAGUGGAGAAUCUCUGGUGAGACAGUUCCUCUAUGGUCAGCGGUUCUUUGAAAGCCGUUUUGGGGAGCGAUGCAGUACAUUCUGGCUUCCAGAUACUUUCGGCUACUCGACUCAGAUCCCGCAGAUCUGUCGUCUAGCUGGAAUGAGUCGUUUCUUCACACAGAAACUCAGCUGGAACAAUAUCAAUAACUUCCCACACACGACCUUCCAGUGGGUUGCUUUGGAUGGCAGCCAGGUGAUGUGCCACAUGACCCCAGCCGAAACAUACACGGCUAGUGCACACUUUGGGGAUGUGAAACGCAGUAUCACUCAGCACAAAUCUAUGGAUCAGGAUAAUACGUCGCUGCUUGUCUUCGGUAAGGGAGAUGGUGGUGGUGGUCCUACCUUUGAGCAUUUGGAGAAAUUGCGCCGGUGCCGUGGUCUCAGUGACCAAACCGGUUUACUCCCACGUGUGAAGAUGGGAGUAUCUGUCGAAGACUUCUUUGAUCAGCUUGAGAAGAAGGCCGCAGAAGGCACCAAGUUUGUCACCUGGUAUGGUGAGCUCUAUUUCGAGUUGCACCGUGGUACCUAUACCACCCAGGCGAAUAACAAACGCAACAAUCGCAAGUCGGAGUUCGUCCUUCGGGACCUUGAGUAUCUGGCAACUCUUGCCUCCUUGACUGAUUCCAGUGGUAAAUAUCAGUAUCCCAAGAAGGAUAUCGAUGAGAUGUGGGAGAAUACACUUCUGUGUCAAUUCCAUGAUUGCUUACCGGGGAGCUGCAUUGAGAUGUGCUACGAUGAUUCGGAUAAGCUGUAUGCCCAUGUCUUCGAGAUCGGAAAGAAGGCUAGGGAGGAAGUCCUAAAGACACUUGGAUUCUCGGAUAAGAGUACCGGCAAGGGACUGGUGGCCAUCAACACCUUGCCGUGGCACCGCUCUGAGAUUGUUAAGGUCCCUGCUGCACUUACAACUUCCAAGGGGCCGAAAUAUGCCCUAGUCAGCGGCGAUACUGGAUUUAUUCAGCCCCAGUCCGUGGACUCCAAGAAGACCCCUGCCGUGACUGUAUCGGAGAUCAAGCCAGGUGUAUUCCGUCUGGAAAAUGGUAAACUGAGAGUCGACGUCCAGCACGGUGUGAUUCUAUCUUUGUUUGAUGUCGAAGCAGACCGUGAGAUUGUUUCCAAGGGUGGAAAGGCUGGACAGCUCGUUAUCUUCGACGACAAGCCUCUCUACUGGCAAGCCUGGGAUGUAGAGGUUUUCCAUCUCGAAUCCAGAAAGGAGCUCUCCUCUGGUAAAACUACUAUUGCCGAGGAGGACCCGCAGCGCGUGAGUGUCGUUACCGAGACCAAGAUCAGCGAUAAGAGCUGGGUCAAAACGACUCUCAGUCUUGCUGCUGCGGCUGAUGGCCAACCCUCCUACGUAGAGAUGGAGAGUGAGGUUGAGUGGAAGGAGACGAUGAAAUUCCUCAAGGUCGAGUUCCCAGUAGAUAUCACGAACACGGAGGCAUCUUAUGAGACUCAGUAUGGAAUCAUCAGACGCCCGACCCACUACAACACAAGCUGGGACAUGGCCAAAUUCGAAGUCUGCUGCCACAAAUGGGCCGACCUCUCAGAAUACGGUUAUGGAGUGUCCAUCCUCAACGAUUCCAAGUACGGCUUCGCAACCUGCGGCAGCCUGAUGCGCCUUUCUCUCCUCCGCGCCCCGAAAGCACCAGAUGCACACGCCGAUAUGGGCCGUCACCACAUCCGCUACGCAAUUCUCCCUCACGCUGGACCCUUGGACGCGCGUACCGUCCGCGCAGGGUACAACUUCAACAGCCCACUCGUCCUCCAGCCUGCAUCAGGCAAGGAGGUCAGCAGUGUAUUCGAGUCUGUUUCUGUCACGGGCAAUCCAUCUCUCGUCUUGGAUGCCAUCAAGCGUGGUGAGGACGAUGAGGAUGUGUCGCGAGGUGAAUUACCCUCACGCCCAGGGAAGAGUGUCAUCUUGCGGAUUUACGAGUCGCUAGGUGGAAAGAGCCGUGGCACUAUUCGUAGCAAGUUCCCCGUGAAGAAUGUGUGGAAGUGUAAUGUUCUCGAGGAUAAUGAGGAGGAGCUUGCGGUUUCCAAGGAGACGGGAAGUGUCAGCGUUGACAUUGAGCUGAGGCCUUUUGAAGUUGCGACGUUCAGAUUGCAAUUGUAG